GUCGCCUGUUUGUGAAUGAGACGCUCAGUUUCUCAAUGGAGCCGCGGGGGGCUCGGGCGGGCGCAGUGCGGCCGCAGCGCUGGCCUUGAGCCGGGAGGGGGGCGCGUUUCCCUCGCUCCCUCCCUCCCUCCCGUCACCGCGGCUUUUGAGGAACGGGGCUGAGAGGCUGCAGCGCAGGUCGCAGGGCCCCGCAUCCCCGAGGACUCCUGCAGGAGCCGGAGCGCCGCCGAGGAAGCUGGACGCCGAGGAGGCCGGCGGCCUUCCGAAAAUUUCCCCCGCGGCCCUUCGUUCUGGGCUUAGAAAGUUAUCGAUUUCACGUUUCCUUUUUUUAAUCCCGAUUAGCUCCUCGCCUGCACUAUUUUUUUUUUUUUUUCCGGGAGAGGUGGGGGAGUGUGAGGAACGGAACGAAGAAAAUAAAAAAGGAUUUCCGCCCAGAAGAGAGCGACAGUUCUGAGAGCUUUUUCUUAAGGAAACAGAAGCGGCGUUUGCGGCCGCUGCGGGCGCCGGGCCCCGCCGGCCUAGCUAUGCGCGAGCCGGCCCCGGGCUGCUGAGGCGCGGGCACGCGGAAGCGGAGGCCCACCGCACCGGGCUCCCCGCGCUCCCGGGCGACUUCUGUCCGCCGGGCGGGGGCGGCGGCGGCGGCGGCGGUGGCGGGAUGGAGCCCACGACCGCGCCCCAGCCCGACAUGGCGCCGGAGCUGACCCCGGAGGAGGAGCAGGCCACCAAGCAGUUUCUUGAAGAGAUUAACAAGUGGACAGUUCAGUACAACGUUUCCCCCCUCUCUUGGAAUGUGGCCGUCAAGUUCCUCAUGGCCCGGAAGUUUGAUGUUCUCCGUGCCAUAGAGUUGUUUCACUCCUACAGAGAAACACGAAGGAAGGAGGGCAUUGUGAAGCUGAAACCUCAUGAGGAACCUCUCCGUUCUGAGAUCCUUAGUGGAAAAUUCACCAUCUUAAAUGUUCGGGACCCAACAGGAGCCUCCAUUGCCCUCUUCACUGCCAGAUUACAUCAUCCCCACAAGUCAGUCCAACAUGUGGUACUUCAGGCUCUGUUUUACUUGCUAGACAGAGCUGUGGAUAGCUUUGAAACUCAGAGGAAUGGACUGGUGUUUAUCUAUGACAUGUGCGGUUCUAAUUAUGCCAACUUUGAGCUGGAUCUUGGCAAGAAAGUCCUAAACUUGCUGAAGGGAGCUUUUCCAGCUCGUUUGAAGAAAGUGCUGAUUGUGGGAGCACCCAUAUGGUUCCGAGUGCCCUAUUCCAUCAUCAGCCUCCUUCUGAAGGACAAAGUCCGGGAGAGGAUUCAGAUAUUAAAGACAUCUGAAGUCACCCAGCACCUGCCCAGGGAGUGCCUUCCAGAAAACCUGGGUGGGUACGUCAAAAUUGACCUCGCCACUUGGAAUUUCCAGUUUCUAUCCCAGAUGAACGGCCACCCAGAUCCCUUCGAUGAGAUCAUCCUGUUCUCCCUCCCUCCGACCUUAGACUGGGACUCAGUGCAUGUCCCAGGUCCCCAUGCCAUGACCAUCCAAGAAUUGAUGGACUAUGUUAGCACCAGGCAAAAGCGGGGGAUAUAUGAGGAGUAUGAAGACAUCCGUCGUGAGAACCCUGUUGGCACUUUCCACUGUUCCAUGUCUCCAGGAAACCUAGAGAAGAACCGCUAUGGGGAUGUACCCUGCCUGGACCAAACUAGAGUGAAGCUGACAAAACGAAGCGGCCACGCUCAGACAGAUUACAUCAAUGCCAGUUUCAUGGAUGGCUACAAACAGAAGAAUGCUUACAUUGGGACACAAGGCCCUUUGGAGAAUACCUAUCGUGAUUUCUGGCUCAUGGUAUGGGAGCAAAAAGUCUUGGUGAUUGUCAUGACCACCCGCUUCGAGGAGGGCGGCAGGAGAAAGUGUGGCCAAUACUGGCCUUUAGAAAAAGACUCCCGGAUCCGAUUUGGCUUCCUCACAGUGACCAAUCUAGGUGUGGAGAAUAUGAACCAUUAUAAGAAAACAACGCUAGAAAUUCACAACACAGAGGAACGGCAGAAACGCCACGUGACCCACUUUCAGUUCCUGAGCUGGCCAGAUUAUGGUGUCCCUUCCUCGGCAGCUUCCCUUAUUGAUUUCUUGAGAGCCGUCAGGAACCAGCAGAGGCUGGCCGUCAGCAGCAUGGGAGCACGCUCCAAAGGGCAGUGCCCUGAGCCACCCAUUGUGGUCCAUUGCAGUGCAGGCAUUGGCAGGACAGGUACCUUCUGCUCAUUGGACAUCUGCCUGGCACAGCUGGAGGAGCUUGGCACCCUAAAUGUGUUCCAGACAGUGUCCCGCAUGAGGACCCAGAGGGCCUUCAGCAUCCAGACCCCUGAGCAGUACUAUUUCUGCUACAAGGCAAUCCUGGAGUUUGCAGAGAGGGAGGGCAUGGUGCCCUCCAGCCACAACCUCCUGGCCAUGGAGGGUCAGUAACUGUCCCACGAGCCUCCUAUCUGCUGGCCAGACUUCCUUAAACUACCCUGGACACCGCUGAGCCUAUAGGUUGCCAUCAGUUACACUGAAGCCAUGGACCAACCUCUUUCUUGUGUCUCCCGGCGCACGCGUGCACGCAAGGCAGCCUUUCCCUUUGGCUAGAUAGAUGUGGUGAAAUUGCCACUAGAAAGGGCCAGCAGCAAUGUGUUCUUAAUUCCUAGCACCUGCUAUCGAACUGUGCCUUAUUAAAACCAAAUUGUGGCUAUUGAUUUUUGCCAGGGGCCCCGAGGUAAGUGGGGAAGGAACCUCCCUCCCCCCUUUCCCAAUGCCAUUCUCCUUCUCAAGGUCUUUUUCCAUUCCUUCCCUUUGCUAGGAUUUGAUGGGGAGGUUUGGUGAGCAUCCACCUCCUUCCCAGAGAGCUUGACCAAGUUACAUAUUCUAGAGAACGUCCUGAGUGCCAAGCACGUUUAUACCUAGGGCGUGUAUUCCAGUCUUUUCUGUCAUUCUCUGUGUGUGCGUGUGUGUAUGUGCACUUAUGUGUAUGAGUCCAUACGUACGUGUGUAUAUAAUAUAUACUGUAUGUGAUAAUAUGGUCGUAUUCUAUAAAUACAUAUACACAGAGAUA